AUGAAAAUAAGCGAAAAUCAAGCGAUUACGAUUUACGAAUGGCUUCAAGAAUAUCACCCUGGCCAAGUUGAAACAGUCAACUUUGAAAACCUGAUCGUCAUUGGAAGCGCCUUGAUUCUGCUGCUUGGGAACUCAAAGAAAGCUAAUCGCGCAUUAUGCGCGAAACGAGCAAUUAAGAAAGAAGCGGUCCUGGAGAAUCAGAUGUUCCAGUAUUCAACUUCUCUGCUACCGUACCUAGAACAGGACGUUAAAAUGAGGCUACUCGCACACUUGCCGCGAACAAAGCAAAGUUCUUCCCUGGGAACAGAGGAAGAAAUUGAGGAUACGACUCGAUAA